CCACCGCGGACUCCUCGGCCCCCUCCUCGAGUGGUGCCUCCCCUGCUUUCAUGGGACGUAGCAGCGGUGCCGGCGCUGGCAGCACCAGUGGGCAGCUCAGUGACCCAUGGGCCGGUGAGGCGCCGUCACCGUCGGGAGAGGGUCUUGCCGUACAAGGGCAGCAGCAGUGGCGGCAGCGGAGGAUGGGUGUACGGCUGGCGACGUUGCCUGAUGAGGACACCGGCAGGAGCUACGGACUAUGUGUCAGCCAUCGGCGGAAUGUGGUUGCGGUCCUUGCGGAUGUGGGCAACGGAACCGGAAGCAGCGGGAUGCUAGUGGUGGAGGCGUCCGCUUCGCUACCUGUUGCGCAUGGCGUGUUGGUGACUCCAGGGGUGGUGCUGUCGAGGCGUUGUGGCGCUACGGGCGGGAGCGGCGCAGCUCAGACGGUUUUGCUUGCAGGGGCGCAGACCACUUGGAGCUUCUAGCCCGUUGCCGGGUAUUUGGCUGAGCAGUCGUGAGCCGUGGGGGCUAUCUAACAUCAACCAGAGCGGUCUCUGAAGCGGUUCAACUUGGGAGUUUCGAUGGUGACAAGCCGAACUUCCGUUUCAAUUGCCGUUCCAAUGAUGCCAGCUGUCAGGGACGAGUUGGCGUGUAAUCAGGUGCAAUGCCCGUCAAUGUGCCUUCCUGUGUAAGUCUGC